ACAGAGUAGAUAAUAAAAUGUGUAGUGUUGUUUGAGUGAAUGAAUAACCAGGAUUCAAAUAAUACAUUUUUCAUUGAAUUCGAAAUAUUUGCAAGUCACUCAAGGAAAUAUAAACAUUUAAAAUGAGUGCUGAAAACACUCUAAAGGAUGCUUCGCACGAUCUUCCUAUACAGUAUUCAGGAAAGUUCGUAGGAAGCUUUGCCUACCUAACUAUAAAAGAUAGACUACCUGCUAUUCUUCUCGAAGUUGUGGAUACCAUGUGUCAAGAUGAGCAUUCUAUUGAAAUGACAUAUGGAGAGGUUGCUAAAGAAGAAGUAAAAGGAAGUAUUGGGAAGUUAUAUGCUCUUGAAAAUGAAAUGGUAACCAACAAACCAGUUCUACCACUUGUAGAUGAUCUCCCUGAUGUUAAAUUUUGGAAUGACUAUUCUGAAAAACAGAAGGUUUUAUAUGGUUUUCCUCCUGCAUGGUAUGCGUCAUCAUGGUUAUAUGUUGAAUGUUAUUUUUAUCGCAGAAUUAAAGAAGCAUUUCAACUUAGUUCUGCACUAAGAGAAUAUGAUCCCUUUCAGAAGCAGAAGAAUGAAUCAUUUUUAUCUGAAAUGGAUUCUGUAGUACAUUUGUUAUCUGCUUUGAAUGUCACUUUGUUGAAGUUUCAAAACAGAGAUUCAAAAGAAGAUACUUAUAAUUCCUUUAGAAUAUUCUUGCAGGUAGCCUUGUGGGGCAAUAAAUGGGACUUGUGUAUGGCAAAUAGCGAAGAAAAUGUUCAUGAUAAUCCUUUGUUACAUUUAGAGGAGAUGAAAGAAAAAAUCAUUGUUGAUGAUACUGAAGUUGUGUGGCAAAUUUUACAAGAUGCUAAUAAUACCUCUAAGGAAGUACAAAUUGAUAUUGUGUUAGAUAAUGCUGGGUUUGAAUUGUUUGUUGAUCUUUGUUUCAUGUACUUCUUGCAAGCUACAAAUUUAGUGAAAAAAAUACGAUUCCAUGUAAAAUGCAUACCCUGGUUUGUAUCAGACACUCAUCAAAAUGACCUUCAAUGGCUACUAAAAACAUUAUCAGAGAGUGAUCAUGAAAUUCUAAUUAAAUACAGUAAAGAAUGGUCUGAAAAAUUCAGUUCAGGUGAAUGGACUAUUGAAAAGGAAAUAUUUUGGACUCUUCCUCAUGAUUACAGUGAAAUGAAGGCAACAGAUGCUAACCUGUAUAACAAACUAAGUCAAAGUCAUAUAUUAAUUUUUAAAGGAGAUCUGAAUUAUAGAAAAUUAACAGGUGAUAGACAAUGGAUGGAAACUACACCAUUCAUGAAAGCCCUUAAUGGAUUUUCACCCACUUCAAUAGUUUCUUUGCGCACUGUUAAAUCAAAUGUCAUAGUUGGUUUAAAAGCUGAAAUUUCUGAAAAUUUAAGUAAAAUUUCUACAAACUGGAAAUUUUCGGGUGAUUUUGCUGUAAUACAAUGUGCUAGAAAUUAGUACUUUAUUUUAUUUGAGAGAAAAACAAAUUUUAAAUUGCAGUAUGUAAGUUUUAAUUUACACUCUUAGACUCUUGGACAAAAAAGAAAAAAAAAAAAAAAAAGAAAAGAACCGAGAAGAUA